AUGACGACCUACGACGAUAAUCAGCACCAUAACGACGCUAUCAUUCAGGUUGAGCCUGACCAGUAUCGUGGCCUAGAUGCUACAUCUUAUACGGCCCGCCGCUUGCAUCAUGCAUCAGCACAUCACCUAUACCUAACGUCUCGGCGGCAUUUUAUAGGGCCGAUCCCCGAAGACUGGAUACACAGUCAUCGCAAAGCCUGGUACCGGUCUAGAUUAAGCUUCAAAAACUACACAUCUCGCACUCUGACAUUCUCGGCCAAGACUACUUCGUUCAACGAGGCUCCUCGAUCCCUUUCGCCUGAGCCUCCUACGGCCGUGAACGAGGCUUUAGAUGACGACCGUGAUGAUGACGAGGCACCAAGAAGCUUCACAAUACGACAUGACUCUUCGAGUCACGAACAGAUUAAUGAAAAUGAGACGGUUGACACAACUGGGGAAAGCGAGUCAAGACCAUCCGAUGCUGAUACCGGAGUAGCAAGCACCUUCGUGACUGCCAGGGAGACUCUACCAGGAGAAGAUGAAACUUUGAGUCCAUCUAUAACCAAGAACACAACAUCAGACGAGCCAAGGGCUCCGCGAGAUUUUUGCACGGCAUCUAGCUCUCCAGAACGGUCAUCCCAUGUACCAAGUACAUUGAAUCUCAGGACAGAUGCGGGAUCUACAGCAUCCCUUCUUCCACACCGAAACGACGUAGAGACCAGCUCUGCUAUUUCGACGAAGACUCUCCGGCCACAGGAACCCCAACCUCACAAUGUGCAGUCGGCCAAGCCUGCCUCGGGCCCCCAAGACCGGGUAAGAGCAAAAAUUGCUCGUUUCAACUUGGAUGACAAUGUUUUGAAUCAACAACAACGCAUUCGUUCUCGAAUUGAGCGAACACAGGACAAAGUUUCGGCCAACAGGCCUCGUUGGAGUAAAGAAAGUGAAGGGGAGAUGGUCAGGGCACAAAAAAUGCUCGUAAGGAUCGAGGAAACAUCACAAGAACUGCCAUCAGACUAUUCCGAGAAUGCCAGCCUACGAACUGAGACACGAGAGAUUAAAAAAUGGCGCGAGUAUGUUGUCGUCUGUCGAAGAGCCUUGGAGGAUAACGCUCCCUUCACGCUGAAAAUGUACAAAACUCGGGUCAUUCAGGACGUGGAAAAGUCACGCAAAUCAGCUUACUAUGAAAUUUCGAUGGACAAGAAAACUACCAAGGUCAAUUUGUACUCUGCACUAGACAAGACCUGGGCUAUAUGGCACCCAUUCAAGCGUGGUACACGAAUCUAUAUACUACGGCCUCGGUCUUCAGCUCAUGCAAUGGAAUGGUAUACUUUUAUCAGGCAAACCCUAGGGUGGCAUCGUCCAACAUCUUUGCUCAUCAAUGUGCCUGAUCUAGAUAUUUCCAUUAUCUUCAAAGAUCCUUUCGAACAGAUUCGCCUUCGUAACGAAGAGUCGCGUGAAAAGGAGAUAUUAGCAGCUGAAUCGAUCGUUGCUCACUGCAUCGAUGUACUGAAAAGUCGCAGUGAAUGGUCUGAAGUGCUAGAGGCAUGGUCAAAAACAUCGAAAAUGGGAUUAGCAUGGAAACGAUUUGACCGCCUCGAAUGGAUUCAUGGAUCGAAUGAAGAACACAUGUAUGGGACUAUUGGGAUGCAAACCUCCCAUGAUCUGGAGCUGAGGCCGAAGCAUCACUAUCCCUCAAUGAUAAAGACAGAUGGCGAAGAAGAAGAGGAGCCAGCCCCUAUUGAAGGUUUUCUCGUACGUCUCACUUCACAGCAAGGAGUACAACAAAGACUAGGCAAGGAGUUCUCCAAGCGACAAUAUUAUUUCAGCCAGGACCGGUUUCUAUGCUUUUGUAAGCCGUCAAAAGCGUUGCCUCCUCAUCCUCCGGAUACCGGUUAUGCAGACACUGCUAUACCGACAUACCAGGAAAUCCUCGAACGGAACCCAUUACAGUACGAUAUUCUUCCUUACCCAGUGCAGAAUGGAGAUAUAUCAUGGCUUGUAAGCGGUAAUGCGGAAUUUGUGCGACGGCAUGACGAAGAAGCAAUCGCUCAGUUUGGACGCAACAUCGCCAACUUGCGGAACGCAGAAGGCCUUAUCGAUCUCUGUCAGGUGAAUGAUGUACGAACUUCGACAGGGAUUGGAGCAGAUAGUGAUAGAAAUGAUAGCAGAUUUGAGCUCGUGCUAUCGAACGACCUCGUGGUCCGCUUCAAAGCAUACAACGACGAAACGAGAAAUGAAUGGGUCAAGCGUCUCUCAGCUCUAGUCAGAUACUGGAAAAACAGGGUCAAGGCCGAUGCUGGAGAGCUAAAGACAAUCCGCCAACAUAAUCUCGAGAUUUUGAAUAUUGAUGAGAGGAUGGAAUCACUAUUUGGUCAAUUUGCGAGCAAGUGGGAGGUGAGACGAGCAGAAGCAUCGCCACAUUUGUACAAUAUGUGCCACUUGUCGGGCUGCCGAUCUAUCAAGAUGUCAGGAUACCUGUAUCGAAAACCUCGCCGUCGUUCUACCUUUCACCGCUGUCAGGUCAUUUGCACCUCUGGACAAUUAUUGAUCUUCCAAGAUACCCUUCGGAAACACAACGGCGUCGAAAUCCCACACAUUCACAAGGAACGGGUAGCCACGCUGGACCUACAAGAUUGUUACAUCUAUUCUGGCCUCCUGACUGAGAACGAUCUACUGUAUACCAACCAGACAUUUGACAACAACUACCCUGGCCACCAUGCUUUGCCGCGAAUCUACCUCGCUCAAGACGGAUGGACAAGUCGAGACGAAGAUACAGCCAUAUGUUUUGUCAUUUGGCAUCCCACGCGCAAGAGUCUUUUCCGAGCUUCCGAAGUCAAGGAGGGAAAGACUAAUAGCAUGCUUCGCCGAGUCUCUGCACUCGGUGUACCUGGACGAACUGUCGUCUUCAAAGCCAGGAAUCGGCUUGAGCGAGAUCGAUGGGUGCUCUGUAUAGAAUCGGAAAUUAAUAGAUUGCAGGAAGAAAGAGGAGAGGAUGUGAGAAUUGUCUGA